AUGAAGAUGCUAGAGACGCAAGUAGCCCAGUUCGCCGAAUGCUUAUCUAGCAACGAAAGGAAAUUGCCCGGGCAACCUCAAAGUCCGGAGCUGGUGGAGGAGCUCAUCGCCAUCUACCACCCGGCCGAGCGCUGCGGCCCCGCCGACCCGUUGCUGCUGAUGCAGGUGACGGAGUUCUCCUGCGGCGGGUUCGUCGUGGCCGUGACCUGGAACCAUGGCGUCGCCGACGGCGUCGGGAUGGCCCAGUUCCUGCAGGCCGUCGGCGAGCUCGCGCGCGGGUCGCCGUCGCCAUCCCUUGCUCCGGUCAGAUGGGACGAAUCGCUCCUCAGCCUCCCUCCUCCCACCGUCCAGAGCAACAAGCCGUUGGGCCUCGUCUGCCUCGACGUCACCGUCCCCUCGAGCACGAUCGAGCGCAUCAGAGCUGAGUUCCACGAGCGCGCCAACUCCAAUGGCCGCCACCGGACUUGCACCGAGUUCGAGGCGGUCGCCACCGUGCUAUGGCAGUGCCGCACUCGCGCGAUCGCCUCCAACCCGGAUUUCCCGGCUCUGCUCACCUUCACAGCUGAUGUGCGCAGGCAUGUGAAGGCUAAGGAUGGCUACUACGGCAACUGCAUCGUGACGCUGCGAGUCAUGGCGACAGCCGGCACGGUGGCGAAGGCGGACGUCACCGACCUGAUCGAGAUGAUCAAGCGUGCCAAGGAUGAGGUGCCUGACCAGCUGCUCGCGAAGAACGACGACGGCUGCAAUGGCGACGACCAGCAGCCAGCCAUGGAUGAGAAGCUGCUCGACGAGCUCCGGUACAACCUGCUCCACCUGUCCACGUGGCGGAACAUCGGCUUCGAGAAGGUCGACUUCGGCGGAGGGACGCCGGAGAGGGUAAUGUGCUACAUGCAGCCGUCGAUUCAGGAAUGGCCGUAUUGCGUGGUGAGCCUGCCGUGCAAAGAGAAGGGCGGGGCCAGUAGUGUUAGUGUGGUGUCGGUCUGUGUCAAGGAGGAGCACGCAGAUGCCUUCUUAGGCGAGCUAGCAAGGUUCACGUGAUUUCCAUAAAUGUACGAGAUGAAAUAAUCAUGGACCCCUCCAUUUCAAAUAAAAGAUUAUUUUAGCUUUUCCAGCUA